AUGCUUCGCUGGAGGCGAUGGCGUGUCGCCGCAGCGCUGGCGUUCGUCCUGGCUGCCUUCGGCGUGCGCGUACCUCUCGACGCCCAGCUCGACGCACAUUUUCCGGACGUGACGCCGCGAUCGCUGGCGCACUUUCUCUCCGACUUCACUAACUACCCGCGUCUCUACCGACACAUCGGCGCCUGGAGACUCGAGCGCGAGGCGUCCAACUACACCACUUGGACCUAUGCGGUGCGCUACGAGUGCGGCCCGCGUUGCGAAGGCGACGUCGAGCUGAGCGCGCACGACGAGCGGGCGCCGCUAGUUCAUUCAUUGGUGCUGAAGGACGAGAGGUGCACUCGUCUGCCACUGCUGCCGUUGAGGUGGUGCGUGGCGCUGGAAGUGCGCAGCGAGGUGGCGGCGGGAGGGACGCGAGGCGGCGCGUUGUUGCGCGAGAGAGCGCGCGUUUGGUGCGGCGCGUUUCAUGUGUUGAUCGGCGAAGCUUGCGCGCCGUCCGCGCUGCGCGAGAGCCAUUUGCGCGCUUUACGUACUCUAACCAGCUUUACGAUUAUAUAA